UUGGCGCGCUCGGUACACCCAUCAGAACUAGUCCAAGUGUCACCCAGUAAGCAAGUUGAGCCACACAUGUGUCUGUGAUUGUUGCACGUCAACACUUUUCAUUUUAGUUUCUAAUUAUGUUAUGCUAUCGGUUGAUAAGAAGCAUGUCUCACCACUGGCUCCUGAUCGCGAUCUCGUGGCUCGGCAGCGUGCGGCCCCAGUACAUCAACAGCGGGGGCAACAGCAACGACUUCGUGCUCGACUCUCUCGACACUAACCUGCAGUUCCCUCUCCCCUACUACUUCCACAUCCCCACCACCAGGAACGACUAUGAAACAGCACAGAACGAACCCGCCUCACUCGAAGAAGCCCAAACCGACAUCCAGAGGAAACGACGGACGGCUGAAGAGAAAGAGGAAACAAGAGAAAAACGCUGGCUCCCGAACAUCAUUGACUCAGACCAAGCCAUGUACUUACAAAAUGACGAACUAGUUGGAAGCCCAUUCACUAAUACGAUCGAAGGAGUAGUCGACGACAAUGCUACGAAUAUUCUUCUCCCUAAGGAUAAGAAAUACUUCAGUCCGUGGGGUGGAAAGAGAGAUAAAGCCAGCAUCGAACACAUGUGGUCGUGGAAACGAGCCAGCAAUAUCCGCGAGCCGAGCAUGCCUAAGCGAGUGCGCUUCAGCCCGUGGGGCGGCAAGCGCAGCGGCCAGAUGAUCUACAAACCUGGUUCAAAAAGUUCCAAAAUCAUUUUCUCGACUACAAUACCAGAACUAACGCGAAUCGUCUCUAACUACUCCCCGAAUGGAAACGAAGCUUUCAACUUUGCUGGCUUCCAAUUUAUCCCGACGCUGGACAAGAGGCACCCGAUCAAGAUCCUGGCUUUGAGCACAAAGACUAAUGAAAGAACACUGCGAGAGGCGCUACCGUUCAAGAGCUUUCUAGAAUCUUUGCCAAAGAUCUUCAAGCCUGGGCAUCCGUACCUGGAUGUUAACUUGAAGAAAGAUGGAAAGAGGAAGGUGAAAUUCAGUGCCUGGGGUGGCAAGCGGUCGCCGCCCAUCAUUGGGCCCAUUUGGACUCCUGCGCCGCAAAACCUCAAAGAAUCAACAUUAGACACAAUACUUCUCAUUAGAAAUAGUCAAGACAAAGAUGAACCGACGUUAAAGGCAUUGUAAUUUGGAUCUGAUCUACUCCCGAACUUUGUAUUAGUUAUGGUCUAAUAUAGUGAUAAGUUCCUUCAUAGUUAUGUUAGUGCCAUAUUUGUAACUGACGUUAGAAAAUGUAAAAAAAAGCUCUCGAGUUCGGGGGUCCCGCGUCCUUGACGACUGGCUGGGCUCGUCAACGGCGCAGUACUGAUGUAUUUAAUAUUAAGACUUUGUUAUUCUUAUUUACUGUGCAUC